AUGGGCUUCACAGGAGUCUCAUUCUACACGGACUGGGGCUUACUCGAAGGGAACCCAGGAAACGUUAUCACAGACGGGAUAUGGAAUUUGGAUGAGUUCUUCAAUGCUGCAACACAAGCUGGUAUAUAUCUCAUCGCUCGACCGGGACCUUAUAUCAACGCAGAAACCUCUGGUGGUGGAAUACCUGGGUGGGUCCUACGCCACCAGGCUAUUAUUCGAUCUGAUAACCCAGAGUACCUCAAUGCGACAGAACAAUAUAUUUCAACUCUGGGUCAAAUCAUUGAACGCGCUCAGAUAACCCAUGGUGGUCCGGUUAUCAUGGUUCAGCCGGAGAAUGAGUACUCUACUUGGCCAGAUGUGACUGAUUUCCCGAGCGAGAUGAAUAGAGAGUACAUGGCCUAUGUUGAGAAGCAACUUCUCGAUAUAGGGAUUACUGUUCCUUUGAUUGUCAAUGAUAACCUGAAUCUGGGGUACUUCGCGCCGGGAUCGGGCGUUGGAGAGGUGGAUAUCUAUGGCAUUGACUCUUACCCAAUGCGUUAUGAUUGUGCGCAUCCUACCGUCUGGCCGACCUAUAGGUUCCCAUACAACUGGCAAGUUUUACACGACCAAGAGAGUCCAACAACGCCUUUCGCUAUCGCUGAAUUCCAAGGGGGCUCUGGGGAGGGAUGGGGAGGUGUGGACCAAGAUAUGUGUGGCCAGUUAGUGAACGAGGAAGCAGUUCGGAUAGUAUACAAGAACAACUACAGCUUCGGUGUGAAGAUCUUCAAUAUUUAUAUGACCUUCGGUGGCACCAACUGGGGUAACCUGGGAUACAUGGGCGGAGAUACAUCAUACGACUAUGGAGCCGCCAUCGCUGAAGACCGGACAAUUUCGCGCGAGAAGUACAGCGAACAGAAGCUUGAAGCCAACUUUCUCAAAGUGUCACCUGCUUAUCUGACAGCAACUUCUCAUCUCGGAGUUAAUGGGUCUUACGGCGCACCGGCUACGAUCGCUGUGACUCCUCUCAUUGGCAAUGGAACACAGACAAACUUCUACGUUAUUAGACACGCUGAUUUCACCUCCAUCGACAAAACCCAGUACACAUUAACUCUCGCGACGAGCGUUGGCAAUAUCACUGUUCCUCAGCUAGGAGGCCACCUGACACUCGACGGUCGCGAUUCCAAAUUCCACGUCACAGAUUACGAUGUCGGCGGCAUCAACUUGAUCUACUCCUCCGCAGAAAUAUUUACAUGGGCGCGAGGGGCCGAGUCGGCACGUGUACUGAUCCUCUACGGGGGUGUCGGAGAAUUACACGAGUUCGCUCUGUCUAGCCAUCUUGAAAAGCCGACUGUCGCUGAAGGGACAGGCAUCACUGUUCAGCGACACGGGGCUACUUGGGUCAUACAGUGGCAUGUUACACCGGGCCGACGCAUCGUCCGAGUAGCAGACCUGGAAAUAUACUUGCUCUGGCGGAAUGAGGUAUACAACUACUGGGUAAUGGAACUGCCUGCUUCGGGCACGAUUGGAAAUUAUUCAUCGCCAUCCAAAAACGUGGUGAUCCUCAAAGCUGGAUAUCUUAUUCGUACGGCGGAUCUGAUAGAAACGCGUCUUCAUUUGACCGGCGAUGUGAAUGCGACUACAGAAAUCGAGAUUAUCUCUAGCCCAGUUAAGCACCUUCAAGGCAUCACGUUCAAUGGAGAAGCAUUGAAAACUUCUAAAUCAACUAAUAGGAAGAUCUCCGGGACUGUUAGAUACGACCCUCCUAAGUAUGACAUCCCCGAUCUGUCCAACCUGGACUGGAAGUUCCUUGAUUCUCUCCCUGAGAUUAUGACGUCGUACGACGACUCAGCUUGGACAAGGUGUACAUUGAAGUCGACUCACAAUCCGCGGCCAUUGAACACCCCGACUAGUCUAUACUCUAUGGACUAUGGAUAUCACACUGGGUCCCUGUUUUAUCGAGGUUAUUUCAAUGCCAGUGGCCAAGAAUCCAAUGUCUGGCUGAAUGUAUCUGGUGGCAUAGGCUUUGGACAUUCUGUUUGGUUGAACAACAAAUUCAUCGGCUCAUGGGUUGGGUCUAGUGCCAACUCCACAAUUGUUCAUAACGUGUCACUGCCAUCAGGCUUGACACAAGGCAGCGCGUAUGUGCUAUCCAUUUUGAUUGAUCACAUGGGUCAGGAUGAGGAGGCUCCUGGUACAGAUGCAAUCAAGUUUCCGAGAGGUAUUCUGAACUAUGGAAUCUCGGGUCAUGACCAAUCCGAUGUCUCGUGGAAGCUGACAGGUAAUCUUGGCGGAGAGCAGUACCAGGAUAUAGUCCGAGGUCCUCUAAAUGAAGGCAGCAUGUAUGCCGAGAGACAAGGCUACCACUAUCCUAGUCCACCGGAUUCAGAGUGGAAGAAGUCAAAUCCAGUGAAAGACGGCUUGUCGCAUGCAGGUGUUGGCUUCUAUACAGCAUCUUUCCGACUCAAUAUCCCGAGUGGGUGGGAUGUUCCGAUGAGUGUUGUGUUCGGCAACUCUUCGCAGAUUAAUUCUGGCAAUGGACGAGACAACUACAGGUGUCAGCUGUUUAUCAAUGGAUACCAGUUUGGAAAGUAUAUAAACAGACUCGGUCCUCAAAAUGCAUUCCCUGUUCCUGAAGGAAUACUGAACCAUGAGGGUGAUAAUUUUAUAGCUUUGACCGUUUGGGCACAGGAUAAGCUAGGGGCAACUCUUGGAGGAUUGGAUUUGAUGCCCACAUCAGCCAUAAAAUCUGGCUACAGCAGACCUCAGCCCGCACCACAACCAACUUGGGUACGGCGAACAGGUGCCUACUAG